AUGCUCUUUGAUUGCCCACGAAUGCUUCGUGCGAUCCCGACUCAGUACCGUAUCAAUGUCAUCGGACCAUCCCAGGAUAAAACAGAGACUGUUCUUGGUCUGGUCAACCGACAAGACCACGAAACCCCUAGGCCGUGCCUGACACUGGGUCCGCACGAAGCACGGCCUGGGGAUCUCCAGUCUCUUUGGAGGUGA